AUGGCCCGCAAACUCCCCUGGAAAACAAAACCCGAAUCCCCAUCCUCAACACCCAAGCGCGAGCGCCGCCCAAACUCCUCCCCAAGCGCCCGCGACCUCAAAGGGCUACGCAGCCCAUCUACAUCACCGCCCCCCGAGCCCCCUCCACAAACGUACAUGAUCCCCACAGACGACAAGUACCGCAUGGUGGAAGAUGAGCUCCUCCACACGGCUAGGCAUUUCACGACGCACCUCCACCGCGCGGAGUACAAUCGUCUGAAGAUGCUGGCGAAGGCGCAGAACGCAGCUACGAUACGGGAGAUUGAGAGGCCUGUCGUGCCGGGUGUUAAGACGGCCAGGACGAGGAGGAGGGAGGCGGCGAGGGCGGUUAGGCAGCAGAGGGUGGCGACGGGUUUGCAGGGACUGAUGGAGAGGCCGGAGGUUGUGAGGGGGGUUGGUACGGCGAGGGAUGAUGUGCUGGAUGUUGAGAGGGAGGAGGAGAUGAAGGAGGAGGAAGUGGUGAAGGAGAGGGAAGAGGAUGAGGAUGAGGGUGAGGAUGAUGAUCCGUUUGGUGUGAAUAGGAGGAGGGUGAGGCGGCAAAAGUCGAGGGAGCAGAUGAGGAGGGUGGGUGAGACGGGGGAGAAGCUGGAGCGGGAUACGAUACCUUCUUUCUUUUGA